ACGGGAAGGGCGGGGGGAGCGUGGGAUCGCGUGCAGGCGGGGACAUGACUGAUUUCACAACUUGAGUGCCUCCACCAUGACAUAAACACAAGUGGCUGACUGGCUGCCUGACGUGCAGGUCAAAAGGAAAGCAAGCACCCAAGGACGCUGCUGUCAACAAGCCCGUCGAGGAAAUACGCAGCCGGGGUAGAACUAGGCUACUGGAUACAGUACACGGGGAACUUCUCCGAUUUCAUUUCAAACGCUCUUCGGUCGGGAAUUAACUUACAGAGAAAGUAUGCAGCCUCUCUUCUCUACAGCGGAAGCGUGACUGUGUCACUGUCACCCAGUGCGGUGGUGAACGUCAACUGGUUUGUUCGCCUGUCUCUCUCUCGCGAGCUUGCUCUUGAACCACCAACUCUUUCUUGAGCGCGGAUCUCCUCAAAACAGCGUCGUGGCUUACUGUAGCAGCAUGGCUGUGCAUGUACGAUCGUGAUGGUAUGUAGCGUCUGUGGGACUGACUGACAUGUUGUGCAUUUCACACUGAACGCGGAACCUUUCCUACUCAGUAAUGGCGUGCGCAUGUUUUUCUGUGGAACCUCUCCAAAAUUUCGUCCGCACAUUCCCCGAAGCUGCAUAAGCCACGGAAAAUAUCAGUGCCCUAGAAUGCGUGUCGGAGGAACCUCUCUUACGACACCAUAGCGUGUGCAAUAUAAUAUUGCUGCCUGUGUUGUGUGUUCUUCUAUACCGGUGUUGUUAAGCGCCAAGAGGAUUUGCGCCUUCAUCGAAUAUGGAGAAGAUGAUGAACAACACACCAGAUUCGGUGGGAACUAGUUCUUUCUCCCUGUCGGUGCCUCCACCGAGUGUCACCGUGGAAACUAAUCAUGACAGCAGCGGAGGGGCACUCCUGAAACCCCGCGAGGAAGAGGGGGGUUCCGGGCACGGUGGGAGCACCAACGUCCUUCUCCCCGCUGCCGGAACAUUUUGGCAGGACCCCACCGCUCCUGUGAGCGUGAGCCCGACCGUUUUGACAGGCACGGGGGACUGUGGAAGCGCCGGGUUGCUGUCAACGGGCAAAAGCAGCAAGAGCUCCAGACUUCUCACCGUUGCCUACGUUGUAAACACAGAACUCAGUAGUCAGACCUACACGACCGAGAACAUGGCCCUGCAGUGCCUGACGGCAGCGUGCGACAUCGUGGGCUGCAAACUGGAAAUAGUACAUUUCGGGAAGCUGGACUUCGGGGAGACGUCGGUGCUUGAUCAGUUUUAUAACGCAGAUUUCGCGGUGGUGGAGAUGACGGAUGCGUUUCGUCAGCCUUCGCUCUUCUACCACCUGGGGGUGCGGGAAAGCUUCAGCAUGGCCAACAACAUCAUCCUCUACUGUGACACCAACUCUGAUUCGCUGCAGUCGCUACAGGAUAUUAUAUGCCAGAAGAACACUGUAAGUAGACCGCAGUCUUUUGGGUUCUCAUGGUUGACCCGCCUCCCUUAGUUUUUUAAUGGUUGUUUGCUUUCCAACAAAACGUGUGCAGCUAACUACACCUUCAUCCCCUACAUGGUGACUCCCCAUAACAAGGUGUACUGCUGUGAGACCAGCCUCAUCAAGGGCUUGGCUGACCUGAUGCAGCCCAGCUUCGAGGUGCUGCUCGGACCCAUCUGCCUGCCCCUGGUGGACCGCCUCACACAGCUGCUCAAGAUACCGCAGGCCAACUCAUGUCAGUACUUCCGGGAGAUGAUCCUGAAUGAGAUCCGCAAGGCGCGGGAGCUCUACACGGGUGUGGAGCUGGCAGCGGAGCUGAGCCGCAUCCAGCAGAGACUGGACAACAUGGAGUGCCUUUCAUCCGACAUAGUCAUCAACCUGCUGCUCUCAUACCGGGACAUACAGGAUUAUGAGUCUAUUGUGAAGUUGGUGGAGACGCUGGACAAGCUGCCGACCUUUGACCCCGUGGCAAACCCCCACGUCAAGUUUCACUACGCCUUCGCCCUCAACAGGCGUAAUCUCCCUGGUGACCGGCAGAAGGCUCUGGACAUCAUGCUGCCGCUGGUGGAGGCUGACGACCAGGUGGCGUCUGAUAUCUACUGCAUGGUGGGCCGCAUCUAUAAGGACAUGUUCCUCGACUCACACUUCACAGACACAGAGAGCCGAGACAGAGGAAUACAGUGGUAUAAGCGAGGGUUUGAGUCGGAGCCCACUCUGCACUCGGGCAUCAACUAUGCCGUACUGCUGCUGGCGGCAGGUCAUCAGUUCGACUCCUCCUUCGAGCUGCGCAAAGUCGGUGUGAAGUUGAGCAGUCUCCUGGGUAAGAAGGGGAGUCUUGAUAAGCUCCAGAGCUACUGGGACGUGGGCUUCUUCCUGGGAGCCUCCAUACUCGCUUGCGACAACAACCGCGUCAUACAGGCAUCAGAACGACUCUUCAAACUCAAGGCCCCAAUAUGGUAUCUGCGUUCCCUGGUGGAGACCAUUGUGAUCUACCAGCAGUUCAAGAAGCCGUCGUCAGGGGAACAGGCCCCGCCCAAACAGGAAAUGGUGGACUUCUGGAUGGACUUCCUGGUUGAGGCCACCAAGAAGGACGUCUCAUCUGUACGAUUCCCGGUGUUGAUUCUAGAGCCUACUAAAGUCUACCUGCCAGCGUAUCUGUCCAUCAACAACGAUGAGGAGGAGAAUACUGUCUCCAUAUGGCACGUGGCUCCGGAUGACAAGACGAAGGGCAUCCACGAGUGGAACUUCAGUGCGGCAGCUAUCCGAGGAGUGAGUAUCUCCAAGUUUGAUGAGCGCAGUGCCUUCCUGUAUGUCUUGCACAACGCUGACGACUUCCAGAUCUACUUCUGCACCGAGAUGCACUCCAAGAGGUUCUGUGACCUGGUGACCAGCCUGACAGAGGAGGCCUGGAGGGGACCGGAGGAGGGAGACUGUGAAGCAGAAGCUCUGGAGUACGACUACGAGUACGAUGAGCAUGGGGACCGGGUGAUUCUGGGUAAAGGCACGUUCGGAGUGGUGUACGCGGGACGCGACCUCAGCAACCAGGUGCGGCUGGCCAUCAAGGAGAUACCCGAGAGGGACAGCAGGUAUUCCCAGCCGCUCCAUGAGGAGAUCGCCCUCCACAAGCACCUGAAGCACAAGAACAUCGUGCAGUACCUGGGCUCCAUCAGCGAGAACGGCUUCAUCAAGAUCUUCAUGGAGCAGGUGCCUGGCGGAAGUCUGUCUGCGCUGCUGCGGUCAAAGUGGGGUCCCUUGAAGAACAACGAGCCCACGAUUGGCUUCUACACCAAGCAGAUCCUGGAAGGCCUCAAGUACCUGCAUGACAACCAGAUAGCACACAGAGACAUCAAGGGUGACAAUGUCCUCAUCAACACCUACAGUGGGGUCCUGAAGAUCUCAGACUUUGGCACGUCCAAGCGGCUGGCGGGAAUCAACCCCUGCACAGAAACCUUCACAGGUACUCUGCAGUACAUGGCUCCUGAGAUCAUCGAUAAGGGCCCGCGGGGCUACGGCAAGCCGGCGGACAUCUGGUCUCUGGGCUGCACCAUCAUAGAGAUGGCCACCGGCAAACCCCCCUUUCACGAGCUGGGGGAGCCACAGGCGGCCAUGUUUAAGGUGGGGAUGUUUAAGAUCCAUCCUGAGAUUCCGGACUCCAUGUCUGGUGAGGCGAAGGCCUUCAUCCUCCGGUGUUUUGAGCCGGAUCCUGAUCGCCGCGCCACUGCAACCGACCUGCUGACCGACGAGUUCCUCACCGUCACCAGCCGCAAGAAGAGAGGGAAGAGUGGAUUCACUGCACUGACCCCCGGUACAGAGUACCUGCGCAGCAUCUCUCUGCCGGUGCCCGUGGUGGUGGAGGACACCAGCAGCAGUAGCGAGUACGGCUCCGUCUCCCCCGACAACGAGCUGACGGUGAACCCCUUCAGCUUCAAGCCCAGCACCAAGUGCUACAGCGAGCGGGAGGUCAAGGGCACCCGCUCGCUCUUCCUCAGCAUCCCGGUGGAGAACUUUGAGGACCACAGCGCCCCCCCCUCCCCGGAGGAGAAGGACUCGGGCUUCUUCAUGCUGCGCAAGGACAGCGAGCGGAGAGCCACCCUGCACCGCAUCCUGACUGAGGACAAGGACAAAGUGGUGGCCAACCUGAUGGAGACACUCACACAGGGCCCGGAGGAGAGCAAACUGAGGCAUCAGCAUAUCUGUACGCUGGUGUUGAGCCUGGGGGACUUCGUACGCAUGGCGGACCGCAAGUUGAUAGCCAACACCCUCUCACAGCUGAAGCUGGAGCUCGACUUCGACAGCACCGCCAUCAGCCAGCUACAGGUCGUCCUCUUCGGCUUCCAGGAUGCGGUAAACAAAGUGCUUCGUAACCACAACAUCAAGCCCCACUGGAUGUUCGCCCUGGACAACAUCAUCCGCAAAGCCGUACAGACCGCCAUCACCAUCCUGGUACCAGAGUUGCGUCCGCACUUCAGCCUGGCCUCUGAGAGCGACCCCACCUCACGUGUGUGUGUGUGUGUGUGUGUGUGUGUGUGUGUGUGUGUGUGUGCGUGUGCGUGUGUGUGUGUCAGAGUUGCGUCCGCACUUCAGCCUGGCCUCUGAGAGCGACCCCACCUCACGUGUGUGUGUGUGUGUGUGUGUGUGUGUGUGUGUGUGUGUGUGUGUGUGUGCGUGUGUGUGUGUCAGAGUUGCGUCCACACUUCAGCCUGGCCUCUGAGAGCGACCCCACCUAACGUGUGUGUGUGUGUGUGUGUGUGUGUGUGUGUGUGUGUGUGUGUGUGUGUGUGUGUGUGUGCGUGUGUGUGUGUGUCAGAGUUGCGUCCGCACUUCAGCCUGGCCUCUGAGAGCGACCCCACCUCACGUGUGUGUGUGUGU